UUGUCUUUUCUAUCUUUUUGUUUUUUUGUUUUUUAUAUUAUCUCCAAACUUCACCUCCAUUGUUUUGGGCUAAGCAUCACAUUCACAAGCCCUUGAUGCUCUAACGCCCUCAUUGCCCUUCCAUUUUUCAUUCUCCGAGAGAGUCAGAGAGAGAUAAGUUUGUUUAAUCAUAUCGAUUGCUUAUAAAACAGGGGAUACAGAUUUUACAGAGCACAGUCCUUCCCCAUAUAAGUGGACCACACUCGACUCUGCACUUCCAGCGAAAAAGGAAGAGAGGAGCAUAAGAAAAGAUAGAAGGACGUGAAGAGUGUCAUCCCUUUCCCUUAACUUCCAUUCUCAGAGUUUCUUAGGCUGCCAUGGCUUCCAGGACGGUCUCUUGGUUGCUUGCUCGUUCCCUCUCUUCUUCUGGGCCCAGAUCUGCCCUGCUCCCGAGAGGGAAGAAAUUAGGGUUGGUGAGCAGAGGAGGAAUCCACAGGUACAACAGCACUGCUGCCGCUGCUGAGGAACCCAUUACUCCACCUGUAACUGUACCACAUACUCAACUCCUCAUUAAUGGCAAAUUCGUUGAUGCCGCUUCAGGAAGAACUUUCCAAACACUGGACCCAAGAACUGGGGAAGUGAUUGCUAAUGUAGCUGAAGGUGAUGCCGAGGAUGUCAAUCGAGCUGUCGCCGCUGCUCGCAAGGCAUUUGAUGAAGGACCAUGGCCCAGGCUUCCUGCUUUUGAAAGGCAAAAGAUAUUGUUGAAGUGUGCUGAUUUGGUAGAUAAGCACAACGAUGAGAUUGCAGCACUUGAGACAUGGGACAAUGGGAAGCCUUAUGAACAAGCUGCUAAAGUUGAGGUGCCAAUGUUUGCGCGGCUCUUUCGGUACUAUGCUGGUUGGGCUGAUAAGAUCCAUGGCCUCACUGUACCGGCUGAUGGACCUUACCACGUGCAAACCUUGCAUGAGCCAAUUGGUGUUGCAGGGCAGAUCAUUCCUUGGAACUUCCCUCUUCUCAUGUUUGCCUGGAAGGUUGGCCCGGCUUUAGCAACUGGGAACACCAUUGUUCUCAAGACUGCUGAACAAACGCCUUUGUCUGCUCUCUAUGUGGCUAGGCUAUUUCAUGAGGCUGGCCUUCCUGAAGGUGUUUUGAAUAUAAUUUCUGGGUUUGGACCAACUGCUGGUGCGGCUCUUGCUAGCCAUAUGGAUGUCGACAAGCUUGCUUUCACUGGAUCCACUGAAACGGGAAAGAUAGUUCUGGAGCUAGGAGCAAAAAGCAACUUGAAGCCAGUCACUUUGGAGCUUGGAGGGAAAUCACCUUUCAUUGUUUGUGAGGAUGCUGAUGUGGAUCAAGCUGUUGAGCUUGCUCAUUUUGCUUUGUUCUUCAACCAGGGCCAGUGCUGCUGUGCUGGAUCUCGUACAUUCGUGCACGAAAAAGUAUACGACGAAUUUGUUGAGAAAGCCAAGGCGCGUGCUUCAAGACGCUCAGUCGGCGAUCCAUUCAAGGCCGGCAUUGAACAAGGCCCUCAGGUCGAUUCAGAGCAGUUUGAGAAGAUCCUGAAAUACAUAAGAUCUGGUGUCGAGUGUGGAGCUACCCUAGAAACUGGAGGUGAACGAUACGGUUCCAAGGGCUACUACGUCCAGCCUACUGUCUUCUCUAACGUCAAGGAUGACAUGUUGAUUGCAAAAGAUGAGAUCUUUGGACCAGUUCAGUCCAUCCUGAAGUUCAAGGAUCUUAAUGAAGUCAUCAAAAGAUCAAAUGCAACCCGGUAUGGGCUGGCAGCAGGUGUGUUUACACAGAACAUAGACACCGCCAACACCUUGAUCAGGGCGCUUAGAGUUGGGACGGUGUGGGUGAACACGUUUGAUAUCUUUGAUGCCGCGAUCCCCUUUGGUGGGUACAAGAUGAGCGGACAUGGGAGGGAGAAGGGUAUCUACAGUCUUAGCAAUUACUUGCAAGUGAAGGCAGUUGUUACUCCCUUGAAGAACCCUGCAUGGCUAUAGUUUGCAGCCUGGAUUUCGGGGUCGGUGGGGGGAGGGGGAGGUUGUUUCUCCUCUGUGUCCAUUCCCCUUCUUCGUGCCUGGUAAUUUGAGUGGACAUGAUGACGAUGAUGAUAAAAGAUGAAGAUGGUCGCCGUGAAGAAUACUGUCGUUUUUCUCUCUUUAUUUCGUGUUGGUGGUUGUCAUCUACUUUCUUUUUUACUUUUUGGAGGGAGCCUCUACUCUAGCAUUGAUUGUUUACUUUGGGCUUUUCACUUUUGUAUAUCAUGCAGCCUUCUGUACCAAAAGCUCUUCAUGGUGAUCACCUGAACUGAAUCUAUGAUUCGAAUAAUUAGAAGGCAAAGUGCUUCCCUUUGAAAGUGGAACUCUUUCCAGAUUAGCCCCUUUUCCCCGUUGAAUGAUGUAAGGAUUUUAUAGCUCAAGAACCAGGAGAGGGGGAAAAAACCAGCACCGUGUGUUUGAAUCAGUCACACACCCUGUCUCACUGUCUGUAUAAAACCCCCCUUGGCCAACAGCAAAACAGAGUAACUGUAAUCUAUCAAACUUCUAUCAAACACAAAACCAGAUAAUGCAGUUGGGAUUUUGUGGUGGUGUGAAUGAAAAUGAAGGGAAGAGAGUUAAAGUAGUUCAAAGGAGCUAAAAAAGGCUCAUUUAUACAAUCUUGCAAUA